CCAAAACUGCAUGUUGAAAACGAACGUCAUCUGCUUCAUACAUUUAGCUAGCUUUAGCCAAAAUUAGCUAGUUGUUGGUAUCAUAGAUACAGCUUACCGAAACGAGUUUUUAUUUUCAACCGACAGCCUACGCAGCGCUUAUUUAUUUGGUGCUCCCUGGGUUUACAGUGCCAAACAUGUAUAUACAAGCCUUGUUCCGAUGCAGAGACAUGCUGAAAGCAGAACUGGUCGUGUAAAAUGCUGGCUAGCCUAAUCAAAGCUAGCUGAUGAGCAGGGGCCGAGAAACGAAAGUAACGUUAGCUAACAUUAACGAGAGAUAAGCUUAUCACAAGAAGCCUGGACACAGCUAAACAUACUUGCCACUGAAGCCACAAGAAGAAGGACUGAUAGAGGUAACUUUAAUUCCUUUCCUACAAAGUAGCAGUGGGUCUCUCUCUAGGGCAGAGCCAUGGGUGCAUUCCUGGACAAGCCCAGGACAGAGAAGCAUAACUUACAUGCUGAGGGCAAUGGCCUGCGCUAUGGGCUGAGCUCCAUGCAGGGCUGGCGGGUGGAGAUGGAGGAUGCUCACACAGCUGUGUUGGGACUUCCUGCUCCUGGUAUGACUGACUGGUCCUUUUUUGCCGUGUAUGAUGGUCACGCUGGCUCAAGGGUUGCCAACUACUGCUCUAAGCAUCUUCUGGAACACAUAAUCAGUGCUAGCUUAGGGGCCGGAGGGACCCAAUGUUCCCAGGCUGGUUCAGACAGCUCCACCAGUGACCCUCCAGCACUGGUUCCUCCUACAGUUGAGACUGUGAAAUCCAGGAUCCGGACAGGCUUCCUGAGAAUUGAUGAGCACAUGCGCAGCUUCUCUGACCUUCGAAAUGGCAUGGACCGUAGUGGCUCUACAGCAGUGGGAAUCCUCUUGUCACCUGAUCAUUUCUUCUUCAUCAACUGUGGCGAUUCUCGAGCUGUUCUAUACCGCAAUUCACACGUGUGCUUCUCCACACUUGACCACAAGCCUUGCAACCCACGUGAGAGAGAGCGCAUUCAGAAUGCUGGCGGCUCAGUGAUGAUUCAGAGGGUUAAUGGGUCACUGGCUGUAUCGAGGGCCUUGGGGGAUUUUGAUUACAAGUGUGUGGAGGGGAGGGGCCCCACAGAGCAGCUGGUUAGCCCCGAACCAGAAGUGUUUGAGAUGGUGCGGGCCCCGGAACAGGAUCAGUUUGUGAUCCUGGCAUGUGAUGGUAUCUGGGAUGUUAUGUCCAAUGAGGAGCUGUGUGAGUUUGUGAAAUCUAGGCUUGAGGUGUCUGAUGAUCUGGAGAGAGUCUGCAAUGAAGUGGUGGACACCUGUCUGCACAAGGGGAGUCGGGAUAACAUGAGUAUUGUGUUGGUGUGUUUUCCCAACGCUCCCAAAGUGUCGGAGGAAGCUGUGAGGAAAGAUGCUGAGCUCAACAAAUAUCUGGAAUCUCGAGUGGAAGAGAUGCUGUCUCGGCCAGGGGAGCACGGGUUUCCCGACCUGGUAGAAGUGAUGAGGAACCUAUCCACCGACAUCGGCAUGCCCAUGCUGCCACCAGGGGGAGGCUUUCACAGCAAACAAAGUGUUAUUGAAGCAGUAUACAACCGUCUAAAUCCAUACAGGGAGGAAGAUGGGCCCUCCUGUUUCAUUUGAGCGGAGCUGAGUUGGAGUACAACUGGUAGCUGUCCAGCACAACUGCCUGAUCCAAGAACAGGACCACUUUUCCACACCAGAUCACAUCCGUAGUCACCUUUUAAUUUCCUCUGGGAUUUUUUUUAAUUUUUAUUCCCGACACAAAGAGAUCAAUCAAAGCAAAAAAUCCUGGUUUUUAAAACCCUAUGUGGAGGACUGCAAAAUAGAUUUACUUGGUUCUUUUUGUAGAACAAAACAGGGAAAAAUACAAACAACUACAUUGAUAUCUGAAAGCAGAACUACAAAUACAGCAUAUACUUUAGAGUAGCAAACCAGCACAGUUUCUCUUGACCCUCGUUUUCUUGUGGUGGUUGUUUUGUUUGCGUAUUGACACACAGGAGCAGCCCUGCUCUGGACGCCUUUCUCAGAACUGAAAGAGAAGGGAAGCCCUCACAACUCAAAAGUCAGCCAACCAGGCAUUACCAAACCAGUCACUCCUGGAUGUUUGUAAGAUACUAAAAAGACUAAAGUGGUUUGUUGGCUGCAUUUUUUAUGGCAUUAUUUGUUUUGAAGUGUGAACUUUACUUGCACCUGACUGGCAGCCAAUCGACCACACAAUCCUGCGACUCCCACACACCUCAAGCUAUGCUGUCUAGUUCAGGCAAGCUUGGUGUUCUGGGCAUACUGGUACUCUUAACGGGGGCCCAAUACUUCACCUGCCCGUGCACCUGGUUCACUGGAGGCAGCCUCACAGAACUCCACGCUAUCCAAAGACUACUGGGUUAAAGCCUCAAAUUCAUCAUCUGAGGCUACACACCUGAACAUGAGGGGAGAGCUCAUGAGAGAACCAAGUCUGUCUGGCAACUAAUUUCAGUUUGGCUCCUCCAUACCACGUCCAAACUAAAGUAGGACAUGGGCUGGUGUGCCUGGCUGCAGAUAGGAAUUACAUGGAGAUGGUUUAAACUCGAAGUGUGAUGACUCUUCUUGCACGUCCCUGCUCACUUUCUCUCCUCCUGCCCCUUAAAGGAUGUUAUCAAACAGUUGAUUUCUCACUCUUCUCCUCUGCCUCUGUCUUUUCGCUUUCUCUGUCUCUUCAUAUGACAGAAGAGACUCGGCUGUCAUUUGCAUUGGCAGACAUCGCCAGAAACAUAAGCUUUUGAGCCUGCUGUUGUUGAAGAGAUAGAAAGAUAGAAAUUAUAUUCAUAUAUAUACAGAUAUAUAUUUUGAUUUGUUUGUUUCAUCUUAAUUCCCAGCCAUGGUGUUCGUUGUGCAUUGUGGUCUGCGUGUGUGCACGUUUUGUGUAGACAAAUUUAAGACAGAAAAAAGUCAAAGUUGCACAUAGCAGCGUUCCAAAGACAGGGUUUGGGGAUAAAGUAAUUCCAGCCUCACCUUCUUCCCCAUUUCUCCUCCACACACACACACACACACACACACACACACACACACACACACACACACACACACACACACACACACACACACACACACACACACACACACACACACACACACACACCUGCUUGUGCUACAACUUGCCUUUUCUAUCUCUCAAAUAUCCUGUGAAAAAAAAAAAAAAAGCCUUUCUUUUAUUUUGAUUGAAAGAAUUCCAUCAUUUACCUUUUUUAUUAUUUCUAUUUAAAUGUUUUUUGGUGUAUAUGGCUUUUCAGAGUACUGUGGCUGUGGUCCUAUUACAGAUAAGGUAAGAAAACAAGGGGAGCAUAAAAUAUACCUUGUACAGCAAAUUGGGUGAGAAGUAGGUUUUUGGUGUUUCACUGUAAGCAAAGGGACUUUUGGGACAAAUGAGAAAAGGCCCUACACCCAGAGCUGUUUUCACACUGUUACCAAAAUUGCUGUCCUUCAGCUCCACAGCUACCUUCAUAGACUUUGCCUCAAAGGCUCAGGACAGUUGCUGGGGAAGCCCUGGUUUGACUUUUUGAAUUGACCAGGAGUCCAUUUAAUUUCUGUCAACCCAAGCACUAAUAAGUGAUUGAAACUUCUGAAACAAAGCCUUUGUUUUUUUGUUUUUUUUUGUUUUUUUAUAAACAAAUGUGUGCAUAGACAAAGUGGAUACACAUACUUUGCAUGUGUAUUCUGUAGAUGCAUUUAAAAUAGGCUAUAAGUAUAUACAAAACUGUAAUAUACACUUUUUUUUUUUUUCAAUCAUUCAAUGGCAAAUUCAUUGUGCUUUCUGAAGUGGUAGUAUUGAAAGAGAAUAGGCCUAACAGAGUUUGCUGGCUGAUUAAUGUUAUUGUGGUACAGUUUGCUCUUGGUGCCAUAUGACAAAUAGGUACUUGAAUGUGUAGGUAUUUUGCAGUUGCGUUUUAGUGGGAUGAGUGAUUUUUCUUUGUGGUGGAGGGAGUGGGAGGGGUGGGAUCUCUAAUAGAUGUGCAUGUUUUGGGAUUGAGGGAGGAGUGUAUUUUGUGGGUGAGAUGUACUGGGCGCAUGGGGAUAAUGUGGGCAUGUUCAGUGUGAUGGAACACAAUGUUAGAGAGGAAAGGUGAUGAUGACAAAAGAACAACAUAGAGAAAAGUGGAACAUAUGGCUGGGUAUUAUUUUUCUUUCAAUAACUUUUAAUCUUGUUAUUUUAAGACUCAGUUGGUCAACCUCUUUUUUUAAACCCCCCAAAUAUUUCUGUUUUGACAUUGUUCCCGAAAUUGAAUCAUUCCCAUUGUGGACUUAUAUUUCAUAAAUCAUACUUCCUGACUUUUUAAUAUUGUAUUUGUUUUCACCACACUGAACAGUCCUCAGUUUAGGUUUAUGUUUAAGCUAUAUCAGACACUGGGCUAGGAGACGAAUUAAGGGAGGGAAGGAAGGAGAAACAUUUGUUUUUCUGAAUGAUUUUUCAUUCUUCACACUGAUUCCACUGCAUGGACUGAAUACAAGCUGCACUGCAGCAUCACAGUCUCUCUUAAACGGUCAUUUAAUGACAAAACAAGAUAUAUUUGCUCCCUUUUCUUUAAAAAAAAAAUGACGAUCAUUAUUCUGGUGUUAGAAUAUAAUUUCAAGAUUCAAGUGGGAAAUUUCUAACUUUUUCGAAGGAUACUUUGGUUGUUGGGCAAUGGCUGAUGCCUAAAUAAUUUGACACUGACUGGUUACUUUGAUUUCAGGAUAUGUUAAAGUAAAGAGAAUUUUAAGAAGCAUAUAGUCUCCUGAUCCUGUCAGUUAUUCUGGCCCGGUGGGGUCAAUGUGACCGUAAGGACCACAGAAGGGAGGCGAGAAUUUGGAAACAGCGAAAGAGAGACAUGACAUUCCUCAUGUUGGCAUUUUAGAAUGGAAAUGAGCCCUAGUACUCUUUGCCGCCUCCUGAUGCCUCUGGCCACUAUUUAUAUACCACUGACAGAUGUAUAAUGGCAAUGAUACAUUCUACACUUGUUAUUUAUUCCAGUGCUUUUUAGCCCUUAUAAAAAAAAAUGCUGUAUUUUGAAGACAUAAUGAGGUAAUAAUAAGCCGGUGUGCAUUUGAGAGUAGUGUGUGACCCACUCACCUUCACCUUUUGAGAGACUAAAAGAAGGGAGGUUUAUGAGACACCCAGGGUAUUCUCUUCAUGUACUAAUUUCCCAGUAUGCUAUUGUGAUGUUACAGACCAUACAGUGAACAUAAAUGUCAAUAAAAGUUGGAUUUAAGUUUAAAA